AUGCCGAACGACGGCCCCGAGACGUCGGGCGCCGGGCCUGCCGCCUCGCCGCUGCGGCCCCGGCGGCGCGCCCGCUCCGACCCGGUCCUCCUGGUCUGCCGCUGCUUCGGCGUCGUCACGGCCGCCGCCGCGCUGCUCUGCGUCGCCGCCAACGUCCUCUCCGCGGUCUACUCCUUCCGCGGCGGCGCCGACAUCAUCGGCGGCGUGCUCCGGUGCUACGCUGUGGCGUUCUCCGUCUUCGUCGCCGUGCUCGAGACCGAGUGGGCACCCAUCAUCAGGGUCUGCAAGAUAUUUGAGUACUUGCCGGCAAGGGGAAUGCUACAAAUCUUCGUUGCUAUCAUGACCAAGGCGUACCCAAAUGUUGAGAGGAAUGAAUUGAUUUUGCUCCAGGAGAUUGCUACCUAUAUGCUUCUUGCGUGUGGACUUGUCUACAUAGUUGCAGGUAUACUCUGUCUUGGUGUGUUAAAACGUUCUAGGCAGCAUAAAGCAACAUCACAGGAGCAAGCAGUCAAAGAUCUGGAGGAGCUAGAGAAGAGGAGAGAAGAGCUUCAGUCUCUGUUAAUUGCGGAGCAGCCAGAGAUGGCCUGA